CUCAGCCGGCUCCAGUGUUCGCUCUCUGCUCUUUACGCUGGAAGCUCGGCCGGUGUUUACGUCAAAGAAACAGGCAGCAGCGUGUGAAAGGGAAAGUGUUUGUGAGCGGGGGAGUCCUCCUCACCACCAGUGCGAACGAGAGGACAGCAGAUAGGAUUAAACUCAACUGAAUGAACUCGUCCUGAAGGAAACCUGCGCGCAAAAAAAAAAAAAAAACCGCCUCCUCCUCCAGAAGCGGUGAGAUUCUCCCCAGCUGAAACCCAGACAGACCAUGCUGACGCUAUGACCACAGCUACAAUGGUUCGGUCUGUAGUGCUGACAGUCCUGAUGCAUGUUUUCCUGGUGCCCCAUGGUGUUCAGAGUUUGAAGCCUGAGGAUGGAGCCUCGCUUCGCUCAGGUGCCCUGAGCCUCCCGUGGCAGGAUGAACUGUGCUGUGAAUCAUCUUCAGCCCACCGCGGUGUGGAGGGAGGCAACGCGAACGCAUCGGAGACUAACCGCUCUGAAUCAAACCUCCCACACCGUCCCCGCUGCAACUACAGGGGCUUGACAACCGAAUUGCGUCCCGAUGAGCCCUCUGGUGGAACCUGUGUGAACAUACUGUGCAGAGUUGAUGAAAACUGGGGAAAAUUGACAUGUGAUCUUCAGUCUCACGUCCAACAAUCCGGCACGAUGGGUGUUGGUCUUAUGGCGGUCAGCUUACAGCGCCUGUUGCCUCAGAAAACGGACACAGAACUGAACAAUCCUGCAUCUGAUAAUCCCGUUGUUUGUGAAGCGGAGGAUUCCUUCAUGUGCUCCGUCGCUCUUGAACCUACAAGUUUUGUCACAGUGGUUACCGUCAGCAUCUCAGACGCCGUGGCUCCUCCGGUACUGCUCAGAAUUCCUGCCCGACCAGUGAAACCGAGUCCUCCAGCCAACCUGUCACAUUUCCAGAACAUUGAAGCACAACUGAUUGUACAGUGGGACGACCCGACAGACUUCGAUGUCGGCCCGCUGAGAUACGAGGUCCGAUAUUCCUCCAACACCACUCACCCAAGUUGGCAGGUGUUGCCUACACCUGGAGAACCCCGGCUGUCUCUGGAUCUGAAGCCCAAACGUAACUACAGCAUCCAGGUUCGCUGCUCCGGUCUGCAAGAGCCUCCGCUGUGGAGCGAGUGGAGUGAAUCUUACCACAUUUACCUGGACAAGGUGAGUUACAUUCCAGAGAAAGUGGUGGCGCGACGGGGCGAGAACGUAACAGUGUACUGCGUGUUCAACGACCACAGCAUCAACGCCAGCACGGCCGUGUGGAUUGCCAACUUCCAGCAGCCGCUUCAUCACAGCCAGUACCACCCAGUCAACCAGUGGGUCAGCCAGAUAACAGUGCGUCCGUCGGAGACUCACAUGUACGACCUGCUGAGGUGUACGAAGGAGUGGAGCCUCCCUUACAGCCAGAUCUAUGUGGAAGGAGCUUUGAUUGAUAUAACGUGCAGAACCAACGGAGACAUUGAUGCCAUGCACUGCAGCUGGACGGACACACAGUUGACCAAACUCGUAUUUCGAUCCAGCUGGGCUGACCUGCCCUGCGACGUGAUGGAGGAGAGGGAGAGGGCGGGGGAGAAAGUGGGGGAGAUGGGGCCUGCUUGCAGUUCCUCCCAGAAAAUGUGCACCAUCCAGCCUCUGAGGAUGAACUGCUACAAACUGUGGCUGGAGGAAGCUUCGCAGCUCGGCCCUGUCAGGUCCAAACCCGUCUACUUGUCUCCUAUAGAUCACGUGAAACCUCACACACCCACUAAUGUAAAGGCAGUGAGCCAGAGAAGUGGGCUUCUGACGGUCACUUGGGACCCCCCGUUGCUGCCGGUCGAAGGUCUCCAGUGUGAGUUUCGUUACCGCUCACCAUCCACUGUGAGAACUCAGCCGGACUGGAAGGUCCAGAGUUCAGUGCGGGUUCCGUGGGCCGAGGUUGUGGUACCGGGCAUGUGUCGGGUGUACGAGGUUCAGGUGCACUGCAUGCACACCAACGGCACCGGAUACUGGAGCGAAUGGAGUGACUCCGUCUACUCCACACCGCACAACAGCAGAGCUCCUGAGCAUGGCCCUGAUUUCUGGAGAAUCCAUCAAGAUGAUCCACACAGUCGCCGGACUAAUGUCACUCUGCUGUUUAAGCAUUUCCCCGUAUCUGGGAACUCCUACUGUGUGGAUGAAUAUAUAGUCCAUCGGCAGACCUCAAGCGGUGCUGUGAUCAGUAAGCGGAUCGAGCUGGUGUCCUCCUACAGCUUCGAGUGGAACCAGGAGCCGGAGACUGUGACCGUGGAAGCCUCCAACAGUCUGGGGAGCUCCAUGAACAACAUAAAUAUGACGCUGGAGAGACAACCUAAACGCCAGUGUGUGCGUUCGUUCCACGCGCUGAUCAUCAACAGCACCUGUGUGUCUCUGUCAUGGAGCCUGUUGGACGACGCCUCUGUGCCUCAGUUCAUGGUGGUCCAGUGGUCGCCUCAGAGUCCGAGUGGAGAAUCGUGGGCCAGACUGCCCUACACCGACCACCCCGUCUAUCUGACAGAUCAUGUCUUUGGUUCUGAGAAGACCAGCUUUUCCCUGUACCCUGUGUUUGCUGAGGGAGAAGGGGAGCCAGUGCUCACUUUAGCCUCCAGAGGAGACCCUGCAGCCUACAUGAUGCUGAUGAUCAUCUCCUUCCUUUCCAUCGUCCUGUUUGUCACACUGAUCCUCUCCCAAAACCAGAUGAAAAAGUUUGUGUGGAAAGAUGUUCCCAACCCGAACAAGUGCUCAUGGGCUAAAGGACUGGACUUUAAAAAGGCAGACACCUUUGACCACCUGUUCCAGACUCCAGAGGGUCUGCCAGCCUGGCCGCUGCUGCUGCCCUCUGAGAACAUCUCCAAGGUCAUCAUAGUGGACAAAGCUCUGACUAUCCAAACCUCGCUUAUGUCUCUGACUCCUGAUUCUCCCACUGCCUCCGCUACCUCACUUCCUCCAGGGUUUGACUCAGUUGUCGACCAGUUCAUGGAGAAUGAGAUGUUCCUGGAUGAAGCUCCUUCUUCAGGCAUUAAUCUGGAUAAUUUAAUCACUUCAAGCUCAGAAAUAGAUGACUUACAGCCAGCUGAUCCCCCAGAGGACCAGCACCCAGGUAACAGUGAGAGCUCUGCCCAGUCCUCGGUUACAUACGCCACCGUGCUGAUCUCUGACCCCAAACACGACCUGCCGCCCAUUCAUCUCCAUUACAAGGACGGAGGAGGCAGCAGCUCCAGUGACGAGGGGAACUUCUCUGCCAACAACUCUGACAUUUCUGGAUCUUUCACCGGUGGCUUGUGGGAGCUGGACAGCUGCCGCGGCGGGGAUAUGGACGACCCAAGACGCUCCCGCUCCUACAACUCUGUGGAGGAACUGUCCGAGACAUCAGAGCAAGAAGACGAAGGGGAGGUGAGACAAGAGAAGGACUUGUGUUAUUUAGGAAUGGAGUACCCAGCAGAGGAUGAGAAGAGUGAGGACGACGAGGAGCAGACAGAGGAGGAGACAAAGACUGAGCUUCUUAAAGGUGUUGUUUGGAACAACGAGGGCUGCUCCGUGGAGUCGCACCAGUUGCUCGGCCCGGAGGACUCGAGCGAGCUGCUGUCAGCGUCGACGUACAGCCUCUCCCCACUGUACCUGCCUCAGUUCAGAACUGCUGCGCGUACGAGGCAAUUCUCAGCUCAGACACAAGACAGCAAACCCCCGCUGUGAUUGAAAUGCGCGCCAUUAAAUCCAGUGUUUCGUGAACCGCGUCAUGAUUCAGCACUUACUGGGGUGGAUUUGCAUCGGCUCUGUCAGACAUACUGAGGUGUGGAGCUGGAAAAUGUAAAAAAUACCUCAACGCAUGCGCGACUGCAAUUUGAGAUUCAUCAGUGCUGCUAUUGUGUUCUGUGGGAAGAGGAAGGCACAAGCCUCAUCCAUCAGGCGUUUCUUUCUUUCUUUGCUGGGCUUUAAAACCCAGAUUCCAUUGUGCCACCCUGCCUUUGUGCACUAUUGAUCACUGAUGCAGGAGCAUUUGCUGAGAAGGAUAAAGCUCAGAGGGCAGCAGGGAGGCUGUACAAGCAGCGUGUUAGUUGACAAGAAGAGAUCAAAAGAGGAGGUUGGCAUCUGUUGGCCUUAAACAUCCUGUAGUAUUCAUAUUUUACAGGUGAUCAUAUCUUAGAUGUGCUUGAAUUAAAAGAAGCGAAUAACACACUCUGCCUACCUACAUUCAGUCAUUUGUUUCUAACAUUAUGCUGAAACGCCUUUGCUGAAUUCUUUCCGUUACAUAUAAGAUGAAAGCGGUUCAAAGAGAGUAAAGAAAUGCACAGAAAGCAAGAGAGAAGGCCCAUAAUCUGCCAAGUUUGGGCUUUUCUCAAAGCACAUGUGACGUGGAUGUGAAGUGGACGCUACAUCAAAGCUAUCGGUGUGACUAAAGCAGACCAGUGGAUGAUGAAAGCAGCUGGUGAGCGAGUGCAGGUGAUUUCCGGACAUUUCAUUUUCAUGGGCAGCUUGAGUAUCGACAUCUGCAUGGACUGAUUCACUCGCCAACCCAAAGCAUUUCUGUACCGUAAUGUGUUUGAGCUACAGUAUGUGAGAAAUGUGAUAUCUAUUUUUGUCCGUGUUUUGCCGUUUAAAUGGACAGCUGCUGUCUUCUGUACACAGAAGACAAAAGAAUGUAUAUUUGAAUCCAGAAGAUGUCCAAAAUUACAAUGGAUGACAAUAUUUAAACAAAAAACUUUAUUGAGAGAAAUUGUUAUUCUUUAUGAAGAUCUUUUGUCUAUUUUUCAUGGUGAAAAUAAAUUAUUUAUUGUGA